CUUCUCAACGAACUCUCUCCAUUCUCCACCUGCCUCUCUCCCCCGAUCAAUCAAUCCUUCCAUUUGUUCACCCUUUUCCAGAGCUUCAAUGUCAGAUCACAACCCCAAAGAGCCUAACAUCAACACCCUUGGCAUCGAUCUCACUGAGCUCAUCCUCUCUUCACUCCCUAUCCCUUCCCUCCUCCGAGCUUCCUCGGUUUGCAAUCUUUGGCGCUCUCUCAUUUCCUCCCCUACUUUCACUUCCCCUACCCUUUCCUCCCCUUGGUUCUUCCUCUUCGGUCUCCACAACACUUCUUCUAGAAACAACCAGUCUUUUGCCUUCGACCCUUUAUCCAAUUCCUGGUUUCGUCUCCCUUCCCUCCAUGACGACUCCUCUUCCUCUUCUUUUUUGGGUUCCGGUGGCUUCCUUUUCACUACCACACCUAAAUUUAGCUACACCCCACUUCUCAAAUCGUCUUGGCAUUUAACCUCGCCGUUGAAGUACUCUAGGGUUAAUCCUCUUCUGGGUGUUUUCCAUGACGGUUCUUCUGGUGUCCGCGUCUUCAAAUUCAUCGUCGUUGGUGGGGUCAGGUUUAUUGGUGGCUUGGUCGAUAUUGAAGAUAGGCUGGCUGUUGAAAUCUACGACCCGAAUCACGAUUCUUGGGAGUUUUGCCCUGCUUUGCCGGCCGAUUUCAGGUCCGGGAACUCCAGCCAGUCCCUUUCAUCAGCUUUGCUUAAAGGCAAGUUCUAUGUCUUUGGGAUCUACUCUGGCUUUGUUUCCUCUUUCGAUUUGCAAAAUCACGUUUGGAGCGAAGUUCAAACUCUGAGGCCACCUGGGGUCAUUUUUUCCUUCAUGAUUUCGUGCAAUGACAUGCUUGUUUUGGCCGGGAUGUGCAAUGCGCCGCGUGGGCCGUCGUUCAAUAUAUGGAGAAUCAAUGAAAAGACGAUGGAAUUGAGUGAGGUCUCCCUCAUGCCUCAGAGCCUGUUAUACAGUUUAGUUGAUGACGAGGAAGAUGACAAGUUUGCGAGCUUGAAAUGCGUGGGGAUGGGUAAUCUUAUAUACGUUUUCAAUGAAGAGUAUCACCAAAAGUACCCUGCUUGUCUCUGUGAAAUCAGUGCUGAUAAUGGGAAGUGCAGUUGGAGGAGAGUGCCUCAAUUGCCAUCACCCGUUAACAAGUUUCAUAAAGUUAUUAGCUUUUGUUCAACCGUUUCUUUGACCCAUAUUUUUCACUGACCCAUUUCCAGAAUUACUUGGACUUUUGCUUGCGCGUAGUAGCGAGUGUUCAAGAAUCCAAUAUGGUGGCCGUGAAAUUUAGAGGUUUUAUGAAGAGAGGAGACGAGAUUGCAGAUGGUGGUACUGUAUACUUGUUCAUCCUCCAACCCUGGCAUGUUAAUAUUUAUAGAACACUGAGAGGGAGUCUCACAAGGAAACAAAGGUCACAAAGUCUUUCUUUGAUUGAUCAUCCUUUGGGAUUGGUCCUCUUAUUACAGUUAAUCAUGUUGGUGUCUGUUUAUAUUGAAGAUAUGAAGUUGUUCUUAAAUCCUUAA